UCAUCCCCAUCCAUCCAUCUCUCUAUCUAUCUUAAAUGUCAGUGACAGUACCAUGGCUGCAGAGAUUGGCCUAGUCUCCAUGACCCAGAUCCAAAACCUAUCACAAACCCAACACCCCAAAAACCCACAACCUCCUCAACCAAAAAACCCUAACACCACCACCACCUCCUCUUCUACUUGGAUGUGGAACCCUAGGGAGCAACAACAGCAGCAGGUAGAAGAUGAUGAUGACUCCUGGGAGGUCAGAGCUUUUGCAGAAGACACAAGGAACAUCAUGGGCACCACAUGGCCUCCUAGGUCCUACACCUGCACCUUCUGCAGAAGGGAGUUUCGCUCCGCCCAAGCCCUCGGCGGCCACAUGAACGUCCACCGCCGCGACCGGGCCCGCCUCCACCAAGCUCCACCUUCCUCCUGCUCCAACCCCAUGUCCUCUUCUCUUCCCACUUCAUCCUUCAUCAAUAUCCCUCCUCAAGAGCUUGUUGGAAAUGCUGGCUUGUGCCUCCUCUACCACUUGCCCACGAGCCCUAGUAGUGCACCACCCUUCCCUUCACCCACUUCUAAUGGGGCUUCUCCCUCCACUCUUCUCUCUAUCUCCUCCUAUCCUACAAACAACUUUCUGAUGCAAACUUCCUUUAAUUUUCCCGGUGCACCCCCAACUGGGAUCAAUACUACUACUGUUUCCUCUUUGUGCUAUAACUCUAGCAAAGUGGAACAAUCCGCAACUUCUUCCUCUAUUGAUAAUGGCCACCUCGAAGAGCUUGAUCUAGAGCUCCGCCUCGGGCACAAACCAACACCAACCUCAUAAAGCUUGCCCAAAAAAUUCAUCAGAAAUAUAUUAUAUAGUGUGAACCCAUAUAAUUAAAUAUAUAUAGUGUAUUAGCUUGUGAGAAAAAUUAAAAGUCCCGUGAGUAUUGUUAUUUUGCUUUCUUUUUAAUUGCAGCGAUGUGUGGAAGACAGGAAGAGAUCGAGAGUGUUGUUAUUAAUUUGUAGAUGUUUGUGAUACCAUUACCAUGUCCAGCUUUGGUAUAGCUGAUAGGCUUGUGGGUUUUCCAUUUUGUUAUUUUUCUUCUUGGUUAAUUGAUUUUAUCUCUGUGUGAUUGUUUUGUGACUGAAGGUGCGCAUGGAGGGAGGAGCAGGCUGGGGGUGGGGAUAGAAAAGAAGGAGAGAGGUACCACAUGUAAAUUUUUCAAAGAAAAAAGAAAAAUUGUAAGUUGGUAUUAUGGGGGAGAUUAGGGUUUGGAGUAAGACACUGAAAAAGGUUGCAGUGAAGUGUCAUUUUCUAUUUUAGAGUUGUCUAAGUACAUACAUGUCUGUCUGGGCAUACAUUUCCGUGGGGAUUAUUUUCCACCCUUCACUUACUAAUAAGUAAACGUAGUAAUAUAUUAUCUUCA